CGAGGAGAGUGGACGCCCGGAGGUUGCAAUUGAGAUUCUCCCUUGGUAGUCUACGGGUCUGGAGUCCUGCAGUAGUAACAUAGUAGUCUACAUUAAUUUAUCAAUGUUGCGGAUACAACUUAAUCCAUGACUAUCGAGGUGUCAGUGUUCUAUUUCGCCAAAAGUGCCGAGCUGACGGGACUCAAAUCGGAGACGAUCAGGGUCGCCUCAGAACUGACGACCGUCGAGCUGUGGCAAGGCCUUGUCAGCAGACACCCCAGACUAUCUGCUGUGCGCGAUUCAGUUGUUUUGGCUGUGCGACAGGAGUACCUGGCCCUUGGGGACGUGCGUGUGAGCCUUAGGGAUGGGGAUGAGGUUGCUGUCAUUCCGCCGUUAAGUGGAGGAUAAAUUAAACAUAAUUUAGAGUCCUCAUCCCUCAUUCCUAACCCAGAUGGCUGAGGCGGAAGGGGAUCCCAGGGAUCUCGUUAAACUGACACAUGACAAACUUUCUGUGGACACAGUGUCAGACUCUGUCACCUGCCCUUCCUGUGGAGCCAUCUCCAUCUUCAUAGGGACGACGAGGGACAGUUUUGAAGGGAUGAAAGUGAUGCAGCUGGAGUAUGAAGCCUAUAUCCCCAUGGCCGAAUCAGAACUCAGGAAGAUAUACACUGACAUCAGGGCAAGAUGGCCGACUGUCAGGCACAUCUGUGUUCAUCAUCGACUGGGGGUGGUGCCUGUGACUGAGGCCAGUGUGAUCAUCGGCAUCUCGUCUCCUCACCGGGGGGACUCUCUGGAGGCAGUGCAGUACUGUAUAGAUACCCUGAAAGCCACCGUGCCCAUAUGGAAGAAGGAGGUGUAUGAAGCUGACGAGUCCUGUUGGAAAGAGAACAAAGAGUGCCAGUGGACAUGCCAGAGUUGACCUCUAACCUCAUCUAGGAGCUUUUUUUAUGCCAAAUAUUAGGUAAUACACACUGUAUCCGUUUUUAAAGCUGUCCCUAAUCCAAAAAUAUAGUCAGUCACACCUUUAUGUACGUAAAGUUUUAAUGAAAUAAAAUGUACCAUCAGUAUAUAUACAACACUUUCAAAUGUUUGAAUGCUAUAAAAUGUUCAGGAAAGAAGUGGCAUGUACCCAUUGAAAAUAUAUCUGGAAAAAUAACAGUGGGACAUUUUUUCUCGUAAACAUUCUCUCAGAGGGUUUAGUCUUUGCUACUGCGCGUACCUUCACACCGAGCUUCGCUUUUCUCCCAAUCACGAUACAGUAACUUUACAAAUAAACAAAUGAACCAGCA